AUGAGCGAGUCUAAGGAAACAAAAAAGAAUGGGGGCUGGAAGGUUUUCUUCAAAGGCCAGCGGGAGGAUGGUGAUAAGCAAUCUGGCGAGAACAAAGAAGCUGCUCGACCAUUUCCAGUCCCCAAGUUUAGCGUAUCUUCCGACAAAAAGACGGAAGCGCCUAAGGUCACGGAGCUCCCCUCUUCAGAAAUGAAGUUAGAGCUGCCACAACUGGGUAGCGACACCACUGAGCGAGUGUUCCCUGUUCGAUCGGUGGUCUCUUUCGACUCGAAUCCUUCGUCCGCCCUACAGACACCUUCGCUGGAUAAGCUUGAGAGUCCCAUAUCACCAUUCUCAGACGCUUUCAGGAGAAGUUCAUUGGCAAACGAAAAUGCGCCGAAGCAGACGAAUGCAGAUACCGACGAAGAACAACGUGUGACAAGGCCCGAUUAUCUGACCCAGAUGCAUGAGCAGCGUCAAAGGCUUGCCGGAAUGUCCCCAUCGUCGAAGGUGCCAACUCUAAGCGACCCUUCCUCCAUGAAUGGUUUGCUUCUAUCCUCGUCUAAUAGGGAUUGCGCCUCGAAUGGAAGCACUCAUCAGAGUACCGGACCAUAUGAAAGGCUACACAACACGAUCAGCGAGGGAGCUAAGAUCCUGAAACCAAUUCGAAUGUCUAAGGGGUUGCAGUUUUUGCAUGAAGACGAGGACGAUAUCAUCAUUCAGUCUUUUGGUGCACUGCUUGUCGUCACACAGUCUGAGGAUGAUUUCCCCGUGGAAGUUGCUAGCACCAACACGGAGGAGAUCUUCAACAUCGCCCCAGAUGACUUAUUCGAACUGAAGUCUAUCUGCGCCAUAUUCUCCGACACCCAAUCCCGAAUCUUUCGUGCACAUGCUGAUUAUGUCUUGAGCGACGAAUACGAAGUUGAAGAAGUUGGCCCCGAGGUCUUCUGUCUCCCCACUCUGGACGGAAGCACCCAACGGCUUUGGUGUACAAUGCAUACUAGUAAAGCAUACAAAAACUACAUUAUCUGCGAGCUGGAGCCUGAGAUUGGAGGCUCGCAACAACUCAUGGACAGGAUCGAUUUCGAGGGCCUGCGUCAUCGAAAACCACGACCUCUUAGCCAAUUCUCCCAAGAUGAGGCUCCCCAACGGAAAAGCCUUUCUAAUACAUACGACAAUCCUCCUCAAGAAGCAGAUAGUAUGGACUCGGAGCUGUUGAAUAUUAUCCCCCGAAUUUUGAAACGAAUCUCAAGCGCUCAAUCGCUAGAUGCCCUGAUUCAACAUACCAUUUCGACACUUCAGGAUAUGACCAAGUUUCACCGCAUCACUGUUUACCAUUUUGACGGUGAUCGAAAUGGAAUCGUCGUAGCAGACGCCCUUGACCCAGAGAGAAAAUUGGAAUCCCAUCAAGGCAUGCAUUUCCAAGAAUCCACCUUCCCCGAGGAUCUCAAGUGCCAGUAUUUAAGGGAUAGGGUUGCCUUCUCUUAUCGAAAGGGCGAGGACGUCUCUGAGCUGGUAUAUCGCGUGUCUACCAACAAGAUGGCCUUGGACUUGUCGCAUUGCUACCUGACAGCAACGCCAGAUGACCCUGCCAGUGACACCACACAGACUUCGGCCUGUGCCUGCAUGUCAAUCAGCAUUAACGUCUUCGGCAAGUUGUGGGGGUUAAUAUCUUCGAGCAAGCUGGUUCAUCGUGAAGCGGUUUCCAGUAACAUUGAACGUCUUUCAUAUACCUUGCCAUUUCAGUUGAAAGAUCAGAGUGCGACGGAAGGCACUUCCACCUCAGAGGAGAUCUCUUGUCCUUCCGGUGAUCUUCUAGGCCUUUUUGGCUCUGACUACGCCGCGGCAUCCAUCAUGGGAAAAGUCAAGGUCUUGGGCAAACCGGCCGACUCGCAAGAAGUUUUGGCUCUGCUAGAAUACAUACGAGCCAAGGAGAUUGAGACUGUGUUGUGGUCUACAGAUCUUGCGUCCGACUUUGAAGACCUCGACUAUCCUCCUGGCUUCCAUCACUUGGCUAGUCUGCUCUACAUCCCGUUGACAACAAAUGGCCAUGAUUUUAUCGUUUUCUUUCGGGGUCAGCCCAGGAUAAACCAGGAUAAUGGUGCUCUCGACAUCGGCUCGCGGCCGUCAGAGUGGUCGGCUGCAGAAUUCGGCAAGGCCUCGAUGUUAACGCUCUUGUACCGAACGUUCACGGAGAUUUGGCAGGAGAGAGAAGUGGCGAUGCAAAACAACCAGUUGAUGAGGCUCUUGUUAGCCAACACCGCACAUGAAUUCCGUACACCACUUAACGCCAUCCUCAAUUAUCUCGAAAUUGCACUAGACAGUUCUCUCAAUCAGGAGACCCGAGAAAACUUAUCCAGGUCUCAUUCCGCUUCAAAGUCAUUGGUAUACAUCAUUAACGAUCUCCUUGAUCUCACAAAUGCAGAGAACGGACAAAAGCUCACCAAAGAUGAAGUCUUCAAUCUAUCUGAAACUCUUUGUGAGGCGACCAACCUCUUCUGGGAGGAGGCCAAGCAAAAGAAUGUCAAUAUUCAAGUCGUGCAGCACUCGGAGCUCCCUCCAGUGCUGGGUGAUCAACGACGCGUGCGACAGGUCAUCACCAAUUUGAUUAGCAACGCUGUUCAGCAUACUUCCUCGGGCGCAGUCACAAUAGAGUCAUGCCUCAUACCCGAGCCUUGCGAGACUGGGUAUAUUUCAGUUGAAGUCGCUAUCCACGAUACCGGCGCCGGGAUGUCUCAAGAGACAGUGGAGACUUUAUUUUGCGAACUAGAACAGGUCUCCAACACGGAAUACAUCCAAAAGCCAAAAUCAAGUGGAAGGACCUGCGAGACAGGGGGUAUGGAGUCAAGCAGUGUCCUUGGAUUGGGGCUUGCUCUGGUCGCUCGCAUUGUACGCAACAUGGAUGGCCAGCUUAGUCUCAAGUCAGAAGAAGGGACUGGUAGCUGCUUCAAGAUUCGACUUAAAUUCCCAUUACCGUCUGAGGAGGAUGGAAAUGCAAGGGUAGCACGCAGUACCAGCUGUGGACAUCAAGCAUGUCAUCAAAAGAACGACACGAACCAAGCACCAAAGGAAGACACGGCGGAGAAAAGGAAGGGCAUACCGUGUCACUGCAGUGAUGACAGUUUCCCUGGCCCUGGGCCUGGAGAAAAAGAUAGCAACUGCUUGGAAGUUGAAAUCGCUCUGACCAACGGCGAAUCCCGCAGUAUCACCUUGGCUGCCCCGCACUCAUCAGACAAAAGUACCCAAGCUGUAGAAAGCCUUUUCACUGCUCCUGAUCAAGAAAAAGAGGAAAAGACUCGUGUUGUGCUCAAAGAGCCCAAGGCGCCAACCCAAGAAUCUGACACCCCGACGACCGAUAUGGACGCAAAGUCCAGACUGCAAGUUUUAGUCGCCGAGGAUGACCCUGUCAACAGUACCAUACUGAAGAAACGACUGGAGAAAUUUGGAUACCAGAUUCGUUUGACGGGUAAUGGAAAGGAAUGCGCUGCUGUGUAUCGCGAGAGUCCUGGCUCAUUCGAUGCAAUCCUGAUGGACCUACAGAUGCCCAUAGUCGAUGGUUUAUCGGCUACCAAGAUGAUUCGAGAGUACGAAGUCCAAGCAGAUUUACGCCAUGACUAUGUACCCAUAUUCGCGGUUUCUGCCUCGCUAUUGGAAAAGGACCGGCACACUUACAUCAACUCUGGCUUUGAUGGCUGGAUCAUGAAGCCUAUUGACUUCCAAAGGAUCCAUGAACUUCUCAAGGGUGUGAAGUCUACCGAAAAACGAAGUACUUGUUUCUAUCGAUCGGGUAUGUUGGAGCAAGGAGGUUGGUUUGCAGCAGAUUAG